UUUUCAGCCUCCCCCCGCCCCUCCCGCUCCCCCUCCUGGGUCCCGCAUUGGCCGGGAGGAGGGGACACGGGCACAGGACAGAGAGGACGGAGCAGGCUGUCCACGGGCGCCCGGGCUCCCACUCGUGGACCGGCCCCGCGUCCUCCCCAGACGCUCCCGGGCCGGGCAUUGGCCCCGGGGACGACGUGGCACCGGUGGCAGCUCCGGGUCCCACCCAGCCCCUGCUGGGUGCAGCAUGGGCACGGAGGCUGGGCAGGAAGAUGGACAGGAAAGGCCCCCAGCCCCUGUCUCUGGACCCCGGCGUGCUCUUCCUCCUGUCCACGGUGUAGCUGGACGCCAAGUCCCGGCCACCCAGUCCGUGCCUCUGCUCGCCCGGCUGCAGCAGGGGGACCCGCGGCUCCUGGUCCCCUCCCCGGCCGCUUAGCCCCGCAGACGUGGCCAUGGGGUGCGGGCUCAGGAAGCUCUCGGACCCCGAGGACAGCAGUCCUGGGAAAAUCUUCUCCACCCUCAAGAGACCGCAAGUGGAGACAAAGACGGACACGGCGUACGAGUACUUGCUGCUGGACUUCUGCCUGCAAGCCUUGCCCCACCCAGAAGUGAUCCGGAUACACUCGGUCACCGACAUCCCUGCCCAGGUGGAGGCCUACUACCUCCAGGGCUACGUGGUGGGGGCUCUGCACCCCAUCCUGCACCCCGCGGGACCCCGGGCGCCCCUGCCUGCAAGCCACCUGUACCGAGCGGUACUGCUGCGGCCAAGAGCCAGCCCCAAGCAGCAGGCAGUGCCCAGCACACAGAGGUGCCAGCGACUGGUCAUCGAGGAGUGUCCAGUGCCCGGGGAUGCACAGACCAGCGACAUCGCGAAGGAGCUGAUGGAGAAGGUCAACGCCGCGGCUCGGGCAGGCAUGAGGUUCAUCGGCUUCGUCCCGCAGCUUUGCCCACCGCCCAGAUGCUGCAACGGGACCGAGACUGGCCAGGGUGUCGGGAUGGAGCCCGCAGAUGCGGGUGCGAGGCCAGGCUCCGACGACAGCUGGAGGAGCACAGACAAGAGACCGGGCAGUGGCAGCGGGCCAGUGUUGGAAGGAGGCACCGGGGAAGAGCCCCACCAGGAGGGCAGCCGGGCCCAGGGGGAGCCUGAGGGCAGCCCCAGCCCCACCAAGCCAAGGAAGGGAGAAGACCCCAGGCUGUACGCGGCCUUCAACGCCUUCGAGGACGAUGCAGGCUGCUGGAGCUACCAGGAGGGCGCCCUGUCCAUGAAGGUGACCAGGAAGGGGGCCGUCGUCAGCUCGCUGGACGCCGACUGGCUGGAGCUGACCACCUUCUACUACAAGCAAGGCUUCUCCCUGACGGACGCCUUUGUGUGCUGGGACCCGCCCAGAGGGGAUCCCUUGCCGAAGUCUCUGGAGGGGUUUUUCAUCUACGAGGAGGAGGGCUCCGGGGUUCCGGGAGCUCCCAGGAGGGGACACGACGCCAUUGUGGUGGAGCAGUGGACCGUCAUCGAGGGCGCCUCAGUGAAGGCAGACUAUGGCCCCCUGCUGCACACCCUGGCAGAGUUUGGAUGGCUGCUGACCAGCGUGCUGCCCACGCCUGUGCUGAGACAGGACAGGGACGGGAACCUGGCUACGAAGCAGGUCGUCUUCCUGCAGAGGCCAGCACUGCGCAGCUCGGUGGCCCGGAGCCUGGAGGGUGAAGGCCGGAUCCUGAGAGGCGAGAACCAAAACCAGGCCUGCAGCGGGAGCCCUGGCUCCAAGGGGUGCACACAGCCACCACAAGAGGGCAGGUCCCCCGCCCAGGGUGGCCUUCAGCCCUCAUCCCUGUCACCAUCCCUGUCUGGGGAGGACUGGGCCAAGGAGAGGAGCCCCGGCCAGGGCCACAGUGCCCUCCGGGAGCUGGACGACAGCCAGGGUGACCCUGAGGAUGGACUGAUGCAGGUCACCUGCAUGUGACAGGGAUGUGGGACAGGGCUGGGCCUCCCGGGACCUGUGGGCUCUGCCGGCGGCCUCGCCAGGUCCUUCCUCCAGUCCGUGUAAGCUGGGGCUUGAGCUCCCAGGAAAAGAGGAAUAGCCAAGGUGUUCGUAUGUUUAGAAUCACGUUUACACUCCGCCAACUAAAACGUCCAGCAGGAGACCCACUGGGGGCAGCAGUAACCUCUCCGGUUCUCACCGGGUCCACCCGCAACGUGCUUCCUCACCCUACUAAGAAGACUGAACAUCCCAACCGGGCUGCUCUGGACAGCCUUCCACCCAUGAGAGCGUGGAUGAGCCCGUCCUAAGCUAAAAGUGAAUCAUUCCUCCUCCGCCCCCCACCUCCCCAUCUCUGUCACACACACACUGAUGAUUAGUGAAAGUAAAUAACUAUUCUCUGAACAUAACAGCCCAGAUUUUGCCUUUGAUGAUGGCAUGUAUGUACAAAGCAAGCCCUGAUUUGUUAAAAUAUUCUUUGAGCCAGAAUCUUUUUUGUGUGCCUUGGAUUGUAAGGGUCAUUCUGUGUGCAACCCGAUGCUGACAUGCUGUGCGUCCAUGGUGCCAGCCUCGGUGGCACAGUGCCCACAAGGCACAUCUGUGUGCAAAGCGCACCCUACAGACAUUUUCAAAAGGGCUGCGGGCAGAGCUCUGUGCAAAGCCCUGGUUCAAGCCGCAGGACCAGGAACACAGCCCACACCGCACAGAGCCCAAGCCUUACAGACAGACGUAAAGACUGCGGUCCACAGAAGGAUUUGACUUCCUCUUUUAAACCAUGAACACUGCAAAGGGGAAACUUGAGUCUCCUCUUCCACCUAGAUGUGUGCCGGCCUCUCUUUGGAUUUGCUAACACCUAGUGACAGAGGUCCGGGAUUCGAGUCCUGGGAGGGAAUGUCUCAGUCCCCCUCAAGGUGAGGACAGUGUUCUCCCAGGCCUGUCCACAGAAGCCCAGCCUCAUCUGGUCUGACGGGAUGCAGCAACACCUUUCCUGAGAUGUCCGGAAGGCUUGAUUGGCAGAGCAGCCCCUUCCCGUGAACGACAGCUGGUCCCGUUAUAUAUUUUUAUUAGCAUUGAUGUUGACAUUGUAAGAUUUUUGGAAUAAUAAAAUGUCAUUUGUUAUUGCA